CUGGAAAAGACCAAGAACAGGCUUCAACAGGAGCUGGAUGACCUGGUUGUUGACUUGGACAACCAGCGGCAACUGGUGUCCAACCUGGAGAAGAAGCAGAAGAAGUUUGAUCAGUUAUUAGCUGAGGAGAAAAACAUCUCUUCCAAAUACGCGGAUGAGAGAGACAGAGCCGAGGCGGAGGCCCGGGAGAAGGAGACCAAGGCCUUGUCCCUGGCUCGGGCCCUCGAAGAGGCUUUGGAAGCCAAAGAAGAACUCGAGCGGACCAACAAAAUGCUCAAAGCCGAAAUGGAGGACCUUGUCAGCUCCAAGGAUGAUGUGGGCAAGAACGUGACUGGAGAAGUCCAAGCGGGCCCUGGAGACCCAGAUGGAGGAGAUGAAGACCCAGCUGGAGGAACUGGAGGACGAGCUACAGGCCACGGAGGAUGCCAAGCUGCGGCUGGAGGUCAACAUGCAGGCUCUCAAGGGCCAGUUCGAGAGAGACCUGCAGGCCCGGGAUGAGCAGAACGAGGAGAAGAGGCGGCAGCUGCAGAGGCAGCUGCACGAGUACGAGACGGAACUGGAGGAUGAGCGGAAACAACGUGCCCUGGCAGCCGCCGCUAAGAAGAAGCUGGAAGGGGACCUGAAGGACUUGGAGCUCCAGGCUGACUCGGCCAUCAAGGGACGGGAGGAGGCCAUCAAGCAGCUCCGAAAACUGCAGGCUCAGAUGAAAGAUUUCCAGAGAGAGCUAGAGGAUGCCCGUGCUUCCAGAGAUGAGAUCUUUGCCACAGCCAAAGAGAACGAGAAGAAAGCCAAGAGCUUGGAAGCAGACCUCAUGCAGCUACAAGAGGACCUGGCUGCAGCUGAGAGGGCUCGAAAGCAGGCAGACCUGGAGAAGGAGGAGCUGGCCGAGGAGCUGGCCAGCAGCCUGUCGGGAAGGAACACACUUCAGGAUGAGAAGCGGCGCCUGGAGGCCAGGAUCGCCCAGCUGGAGGAGGAGCUGGAGGAGGAGCAGGGCAACAUGGAGGCCAUGAGUGACAGGGUCCGCAAGGCCACGCAGCAGGUCGAGCAGCUCAACAACGAGCUGGCCACAGAACGCAGUGCGGCCCAGAAGAAUGAGAGCGCCCGACAGCAGCUAGAGCGGCAGAACAAGGAGCUCCGGAGCAAGCUCCAGGAGAUGGAGGGGGCUGUCAAGUCCAAGUUCAAGUCCACUAUCGCAGCGCUGGAGGCCAAGAUUGCACAGCUGGAGGAGCAGGUCGAGCAGGAGGCCAGAGAGAAGCAGGCGGCCGCCAAGUCGUUGAAGCAGAAGGACAAAAAACUAAAGGAAGUCCUGCUGCAGGUGGAAGACGAGCGAAAGAUGGCGGAGCAGUACAAGGAGCAGGCAGAGAAAGGCAACGCCAGGGUCAAGCAGCUCAAGAGGCAGCUGGAGGAGGCGGAGGAAGAGUCCCAGCGCAUCAACGCCAACCGCAGGAAACUGCAGCGGGAGCUGGAUGAGGCCACCGAGAGCAAUGAAGCCAUGGGCCGCGAGGUGAAUGCGCUCAAGAGCAAGCUCAGGCGAGGAAACGAGACCUCGUUUGUCCCUUCUAGAAGGUCUGGAGGACGUAGAGUUAUUGAAAACGCGGAUGGCUCUGAGGAAGAAAUGGACACUCGGGAUGCAGACUUCAAUGGAACCAAAGCCAGUGAAUAAACAAAUUGCUAGAGUUUUGCCAUCACAGCAGGAAAAACAAAACAAACGAAAA